AUGGGUGUCGACCCUCUUUCCCCGAUUGCGCCUGCGCGGCUGAAGGCUCUUCUUUUGCCUGUGGGCAAAAUCAAACGGUCGAGGUUCCUCGGUUUUGCCGCGAGGCUUCAAGCGGAUAAUGUCGUUCGUCUCGGGGACAUCAGUCCUGAUGGGCGACCGAAUCGAAAUAUGUUUUCACCGUUGGCGUUUCCUACGGGCAUGAUAUUCUACGAUCUGACCUUUUCUGUCCCGCCCAUUUCGCAUCUGGACCUAUUUCCAUUCGAGAUCUUCCGAGAGCCGCUAGUGAUAAUCGCAAUAGCUGAUGGGACCGAAUUGUCGAAAGGCUCCGGGGAACAAGCGUCUUUGGCGGGGGUGAAUUUGACGAACAAGGAUCUCCCAUCGCCCGAGGGACUCGACCAGCUUCUCGCGGAGUUGAGUCUAGCGAGGGAAAGAAACCCAAGGGCAUUGGUUCACCAGCUUGUAGUGUUUGACUACGAGGGGGUAGACAAGAUCCAGAAUGGUCCAGGCGACGUCUUGUGGGUACCACGGCCACAGGCUUCAAAGGCUACUACAAUGAAGACGGUCUUAUGCGACAUCACUUCUCUUUUGUUGUGUGAGCUGGAUGAAUUUGCAAAAGUGGUCCAGACCAUCCCGUUGAUUGAAUCACCAAAGGCCUCAUCCUGGGGACCGCGCCGUGGUCCGGAGCUGCGCCCCCGACCAGUGGACAAGCUGUUACACCGGAUGACAAUGCCUACACAUCUCCCAUCUGACCCAAAUGCUCUACCAGGGCUACAGGGCAGAUCCAGCCAAAGCUCGCCGGCUCCGAGUGAUCAUGAAACACCUACCACGUUUGACGAGAUCACCCGUUCUAUACAGUUGACCCAUCGUGCAAGUGCAGUGGGCAAGCCCAAUUCUCUGCCUUCGUCAAAAGAACAUAGCCGUGAUCGAUCAUCUGUGAGCGGCCUGACUGCCAGUGAUCGCACCAAGAAUAGAAUCAAGGGCCGUUCGGGCGUCGUCCUUGGGACCUUGUAUCUUCAAGCCGGUAUCUGGCCUGAUGCGUUGAAAGAACUAAUUGAAGCCGCGGCAAUGGCCCGCGCAAGUAGCGAUUAUGUCUGGCAUGCCAAAGCACUGGAGUCUAUCUUGUUAUGCCUCUUGAUGUUUGCCUGGGCGGGAAUGGACUUCCAAAUCCCUCAAAUAUGCUACCCAGUCGCAGAGAAAUCCUCGAAAUCCUUCAUAGGAAGCAGCUCGGACUCAAUCUCUGGACAUUCUACCCCGGGAAACCGCAUUGUUUCACUUCAAAAUUUGGCCAAUUUGCUUCCUGAUCUCUCAAACACCAUCCUGAAUCUAUAUAACCGAGCAGCCAACAUCACGGAAGAGCCAUUGCCCCAAUUGAUAUUCUCAGAAACUGUCAUCCGUUUGACCAGACUGCUGGUAUCUGUACGCACUCGCGAUGGGACCCUGGAUGAUAACGCAUUGAAACACAUAGUUAUGGGCGAGCCUUUGGUGCCUCUUCAUCUGCCGGAACGGCCAAGAGGGAUAGUACUCCUCCGAAAGUCCGAACUCACGGCCUUCCUAUUCCGUGCGCUCCCGCUGUCCCCAGGCUCUGACCUUCCUGCCACAGACGCCGUGCCCAUAAUGGUUGGCGUAGUUUCUGUUCUGAAUUACCUUGACCUUGCGAGGAAAAAAGCCUUUAUACUCAGAGAAUUUCUCUCUAUCUUGGUCCCCAACCUUGUUCAAGCUCGGAAAAUCGGUGCGGCAGAAAUUGGUAUUCACCCAGCUGCUGGGCUAUCAUCUCUCAGCAACGCCGCUUUUGACAUUAAUGCACUUGAAAUUGGUACAGGAAACGUGGAAGAGAGCCUUCGCGCUCUUCUAGCUAAUAUUGGAGGAAUAUUUGGUGUUCAACCUUCGAGCUUUACAGAAUGGGAAAAGUCCCGGCAAUCAUUCUCAGCAGAAGACAGAUCGACCAAGUAUCCUGAGUAUGACUCUAUCGCUGCAAUUGUGGAUCGUUCAUUCCGACAUGCUGCUCUUGACAGGUACGGCGACAUGAAUUUGAAGAUUGAUGUUCUCAAAGCUUGCAUAAACUGUUGCGAAGCCCUUCCAGAUUUCCAUGGCGUCCUUCAAUUCACCGUCGAGCUGCUUCAGACCAUUAGAGGAGACCUCAUGCUAUCUCAAGCAUACAAAGUCCAUCCGUGUUUACCACCAGAUGAACAGAUCCGUCUCUUGAAUAAUAUCAAGCGAACGGUGGAUGCCGGACGGAAGCUUGGAGCUUCAAGUCUAGAAGCCGAAUACUGGGAUGACUUUUUAGUCCGUGAUAUCCAACUUCUGCCACUUUCAGACCUCAAAAGACCCGUUCGCCGCUCAAAGACAGAUUUAGAUGCUGUAACAGCUCGGCCUGAGAAAAGCAAAGAUCCCUUCUUAUAUAACCCAUUUUCGAAACCGAGUAGUAAAGCUGCUGAAUUGCUCAUGGUGGCAGGCGAAACUGCAUCCUUCAGGGUUACGCUGCAGAAUCCUUAUGAGUUCGAAGUCGAGAUCGAAAGCCUUCGUUUCCACACAGAAGGCGUGUCAUUUGAUGGGCUUGCAGAGAACAUCGUCUUGCCACCACUUGCCCUUCAAGAUGUUGUUGUUUCGGCGGUCGCCCAUGGCCCAGGUACAGUGAACAUUUUGGGCUGCAUUGUCAAAGUCCGACAUUGUCGAGAACGCAGGUUUCCUAUCUUCGCAACAUUCUGGAGACCAGACCAUGAGAACAAAGUCAAGCGUAUUGGUCUCGCAGCCAAGGUGCCAUCAUCCGAGCGUCCUCUUUCUUGGAGCUCAACCACCUCAAAAGAUGGUAAAGUCAUCUCAAAGAAGGGACCCAUUACCACAACCUGUGAGGUGAAGGUCAUCAAUAAACAGCCUCUUUUGGUCAUUGAGUCGAUGUCUUUGUCCCAAUCUGCGAUGAUGGUUCUCGAGGGCGAAACAAAAACAUUCAAUAUCACAUUACACAACACUUCGGCAUGCACACUUGAUUUCAUACUUUUCACCUUCCAAGACUCGACAACCAGACAAUUACAGUCCGCUCUCAGAAAUAAGGACUUAUUACCAGUGGAAGUGUAUGAAUUGGAACUCAAGUUAUGCGCAGGGUCAGCUCUUCGCUGGCGUCCUCAACAGCACGAAAAUGGAAAAGCCUCCAUCGCCCCUGAUCAGACUGCUAUAUUCGAAAUUGAUGUGCUUGGCAAGCCUGGUCUACAGGAUGCAAUUAUUCAAAUUGACUACUCGAGCGUUGACCCAGCACAUGACGGAUUGCCUGAAGUGUUCUAUACAAGACAACUAUUUGUUCCUCUCACUAUUACUGUGAAUGCCAGCGUCGAGGUCGCUCGAUGUGAUAUCUUUCCUUUUAGUGGUGACUUUGCCUGGUGGAACAAAUUUCGAAUUGGUGGCACUGAUACUACUUUCUCCGAGCCGUCAAAAUCGCUUUCUCCCCACUUGCAAUCGGAGGAUGAUGAAUUCUCAUCAGUUCUCUCCCGUUUGGGACGGGGUUCGUAUGGCCCUGACCACUGUGUCAUUCUUCUAGAGCUUCGAAAUGCCUGGCCGAAUACUGUUUCAGUGAAGUUGCAUGUUACCGAACAGGCAGAACAGGAAUACAUUCCUGUCCCGCUAGAAGACAAAGAGGGACAAUAUCAUGUGGGUCGGGAUCUUCAACCCGGCCAGGUCUCGCGAUUUGUGCUUGUACUUCCUCGAAUCUACCUCCAAAAUCCUCAUGCGCCAAUCCCGCUUCUGAACACCGGUUUCAGGAGACAGUUCGUUGUGAGCGCCAACAAGCAAACCUUCGAGUCUGAAGCGGCAUCAAGGGAAGCAUUCUGGUAUCGAGAAGAACUCUUGAAAAGACUCUUUGGCACCUGGACUGAAGACUAUACCGGACGAAGUGGAACUAUUGACCUGAGGAAUCUUCGUCUGAAUGCUCGAAUGGUGGAUGCGAUUAGGCUGGAAGAUAUCGAUGUCACAUUCAAUAUUGACUCGUCUUCUGACACUCCCGACGACUCCCAUCCGGAUCGAGAUACCGACACUGUCGUACAGUUCGGACGUUCCAAAUUCCGUGUCAAGACCGACCAAAUGUUAAAUGUGACGGUUACUGUUCACAACCGCUCUUCUGCGCCCAUCCACCCACUUGUCAGACUUCAGCCCAGUCUGGCCAACCAACCGAAUAACAUCGCCCUCGAUCUAUCCAGACGCCUUGCUUGGACAGGCAUGUUACAGCAGGUGCUUCCUAUCUUGCAGGGCGGCCAAAGUGCGAAGGCUACCAUUGGUGUGACAGUCCUCUGUCGAGGAGAGUACGAGCUUGGAGCAAGUGUCGAAGAAGUCCGUCUGUUAAAGUCGCCUCUCUCCACAGCCGACGGCCAAGAUGCAAAUACCAACGAGGCUACCAGAGGACAAGCCUCGAUCCAGCACUAUGACGGUGGUAUCAAGGACACUUUCGGCACAGAUGUGGUCAAGAAACGGCGUAUCUGGCACAUGAAAGAUAAAUGUGUCUUGAAUGCUCACGACUGA